GCCACAUCCAGGCCCGAUCAGGAAAGCAGCUAGCAGAAGCCUUCGCAAGGUCCUUUGCGUGAGUGUUCUUGGUGGCUCGCUGCUGCCUUCCUCUCCGUUCGGCUUGGUUUGGUCGGCGGCACACCUAAGGUCACCUCGCUCUGGAGUACUUGUAUAAAUUUCAUCUAAGCACCCUCAUUGCAGGCAGCAUAGAGCUGUUACUGCCUUUUUUUCGGCCGUGCGACGAUAGAGCAAGGAGCUCUCUGAAUCGAACCAUGGAAGCUCACACAACUGCCGAACCUCAGCCUCCCAGCCAAGAGGAGUUGCUUCGUCUAAAACAGCAAAUAAUUAUCAGCCAAGUCGUGCAAGCUGCUGGAUGUACCCCUGACCAGGCUCUGAGCCUUCUGCAAACAGCUAACUGGGACUCCCAGAUGGCAAUGAGUCUAUUCUUCCAAGAGAUAGCUCUGCCGCAGGCACAGCAACAUUUGGGUCCUGCGAACACACCAGCAACGCCAAACUUGCUGCCUGAUGCCUUGAGUGCCUUUGCUGCUCUUCAAACUGGCUCUCCCGCCGACGGUGCGGGUGGAAGCAUGGAUUUGUUCAUGCCCCUGGACAAUUGUGUUUCGGCGCAACAGCCUCAGCCCAGCAAUCCGUUUCUGCGGACCACGAACUGAUCAGUUGGUAUCCACUAUCGGGACAACAUUCUAUAAUACGAGCGCUAGUGCAAUACCACACGUUUACAAAGACUAAAAAAACGACAAAACGUGCCAAAAAUGGGUGGUGACCCCAUUGCUCACUGCAGUGUUUUGUCUGAAUCCACCUUGCGUUUGUCGCUUAGCUACGCUUGAACGCACAUCUGAUUUUCCAUAUUCACUAGAAGGUGACCACAAAUUGUGGUCUGAGUUCUAGAGUGACCAAAUUGCGCCACGUCGCACACCGCUGCACCAAUAGCUCUCUCCUGGCACCCCCACCGCGCAGGUACACGAACAUACGUAUGUACCCGUGCGUGCACACAUAUACACACGACCACAUAGCAAUAUGCGGUACGUGUUCUCCAUCUUCGUCUGUCUGUCCAUUUCUCUUCCUCGAUAGUAGUCGCCCCCUGCCACUCCAGUGCAUGAGCGUAACUAUGCCCACCCUCUCUCUCUCGCUCUCACACACACACAUACGCACACACGCACCGUCGUCUCUCAGUUUCGGUCCCUAUUUGUUUUUGGGAGUGAUACGAGCUUAUCUUCCUGGGCUUCUUUGCGUAUGCACCAGUCAGCUCGUCACUUCAGUACUUCAGUCAUCUUUCCUACAUCACACACUUGACUGUGUUCCAGGUUAUUCUUCUUCCCUUUUUUUAAAUUAUUUCGAAGAUGGUGCGAGUAUCCAGCACUGUCUUCGAUUUUCUUGCGCCCGUUUUUCCUGUGAAUUUCUGAAAAUCCCCCAAAUUUGUGCCUCUCUGUUGAUUUGCGCCCGUGCCAUGUGCUCAGUUUCCCUUUAUCGAGUCCUCAUCGAAUGCUUUAGCCAGUUUAGGAUAAUUAUUCCUCAUCAUCCACACCUGCCUGCAAUGCUUUGGCAUACUGCAGCAGCCGCCGUCGCCGCCCCAUAAGUUCGUUUUUUUCGUUUUCUACUCCUUUCUUCUUAUGCCGGCCUAUUGUUGUUACUCAACCGUUGCGUGCUUGCAUGUUGAUUUCUCGCUGAUUAUAUGUGUGUGUGUGUGUGUGUGCUUUGCAUGCCCGUGACUUUGCCUGUAAACCCGCGCCCGUUUGAACUUCUGUUGGUGUGUUUUUUCUCCACCGCGAUUUCUCGUGGUAAUUGAGCAAUCUUAUCUAUGUAUGUGAAUUCCGUUUUUUUCUGUGGCUAGCGGCUGCCCCUCCGUCUGCCUUCUUUUAUGGUCUGCCCUCUCCUGAUACUUGAGACUAAGAAAACGCUUUCGUUCUAUUUUAGACCUGCUGGCUCGCUCAGCCCUACUAAAA